AUGCCUCUGGACCAAGGCAGAUUCCCCUUGGAGUGGGAGGAGUGGCCUCGGGGCGAGGACACUGUUGUGAAGCUUCCUGACGACCCCAGUGCGAGAUUCUUCCGCCUUGGAAUUGUGGAGGAAGCAAGGGGAACAGCAGGGGAGCGUGGGGCAGGAAAGAAGGGCGGACAAAGGUCAUCUGUGACUGUGAGGGGGCAAGGAGGAGACAAAGGGAGGGGCAAGCGGGGGGAAAGGAGCAGUGGGCGUGGGGAAGAAGUUAGAGUUGAAGGAUUGAGGACGAGUGACGAUGAGGGGCUGCUACGCAAGCUGCUCACAUCGCUGCUGCCGCUAGUGCAGAGGAAAUUCCCCAUCGUUCGCUGCACUGCCGAUGCCGAAUUUGUGGUGGAUUUUGCCGGGUUUCUGGCUCGAAUGGAACAGCUUCCUGUUCUCUUCCUGCUGACUGUGGCUCUAAACUGGGCUGCCCCCGUCCUCGGAAUCACGGACCUGAAGUUCCUACACAGGCUGCGAGACGGAAAGGAAGAUGAUGGGAGGGUGUGGGAAGAGGUGCAAAUGUGGUGCCUAGCGGUGGAGCUUGCAUGGCAGGGCGGCAUGAAGCUGGAGGCUGAGGAUGAUUAUGGGCCUUCCGAUGGUGCCAGUGGGAGCAGCAGCCGCAGCGACAGCUCUGGGAGAAACAGGAGAAACCAAGGGAGAAUAGAAGAUGAUGGGACGGGCAAGGAGGGGGAGGAGGCGGCUUAUUUGAAAGCGUGGCCCGGGGGAGUGAAUUUGGUGGCAUGUCUGCGAGAGAUGCUGCUGGGGGAGCCGUGCUACUGCCCUGUCUCCCCUGCUGCCCCUUCCACCUCUGCUGCCCCUACCACCCCUGCUGCCCCUUCCACCCCUGCUUCCUCGUCCACCCCUGCUGCCCCACCGAUCAGUGUUGUGCCAAACCAUGCCAAACCUGCACCCGCUUUGGGUACAGAAUACACUGGUACUGCUGUUGGUGGGGAGCGUAAGGUCGCAAGUGGAGGCGAACUGAAUGCUAUCGAGGGUGAGGGACUCCAGUGGAGGACAGAACACUUCUACAGGCGUCGCGGGUGUUCUCCCCUUUAA